AUGCCAUACCACAUACCCCAUGUCAGGGACCUCAAUCCCCGCCCCCCUCGUAUGCUAAUUGGCCAUCGUGUCCUGAAAGAGGACAACCCUCUCCGUCGUUGGGAGGAGCAGAAGAGAGUGACAUGGGCUCGGGACUAUGCUUACAUGCGCCUGAUGGGCAUGAUCCCAGACAUCGAGCCCAGCAGAGGUCGUCCUGCCCGGAGGCUUCCUCGUCCUCCGCUGCCGCCGGGAUCACAUGCGCCCAAGGUCCUCCGGAAGCCGCUGCCGCUUGAGCUUCCCGCCCCUCCCGCUCCGCCCACCGCACCGGGCCCGUCGACGCCAAGACCCCGGAGACAUGUCCUCCACCGCUCUCCCACCGCCGCCCUGCCUAUUGGCCGGUCGCAGCAGCCCAUUAUCCCAGCGACAAUAGAGCCUUUUGACGCGACGUGGAAGCGUGUCUUUGGACGCAUACCUCCUCGAGUCCUAGCAUCUAUCCCUGAGGAUACCAACAACAUAAACAUGGUUCCUCGCACCACUGCUGACGACGAUCUUUGCCUUGUGCCUCCGGGCAGUGAGAACGCAGUCCCUACUGUUCGUGGCAUCAUUGAAGAGUACUACGAGGAGCAGGAGUAUGAACAGACUAGUGUCAAGGAAAAGAGAACUCCUGUUUAUCUGUCGCCCAAGGAGGCUCAGUACGCAGCAGAGGCCAUCCGCAGAUCGAACUUGAACCGUCCUCUCGGCGCCAGUACCGUUCGUCUUCCACCCAAGGCUAAGCAGCUUCUUGGCUCUCCACGGGCCGUCAACAACAACAGUGACUGGCACCACUCCACGACCGUCGAGCAGUCUCCUCUUCACUCCAAAGGCAAAUCUGUCAACUCACUCAGACACAGCGCGUCAUCCAGAUUGUCCAGUCUGCUCACUCCCACCAAGGCAAGAAAGCUCUCCACUUCGUCACUUGCGCAUAGCAAAGCUCUGAAACACGCAUCUUCAUCUUCGCACCACACAGCAAUUUCGCACUCACGCAAAACCACAACUUCUUCUUCUUCUUCCUCUCCCCUUAAACACUCUUGUACACGUCCUUCUAUCAGCGCACACAUCAACAUGUCGGCUCAACCUUCCCCUACCGAGCAGGCUACUGCUGGUGCUCUCUCCAACAAGAGCCCUAGCGAGUCUUCUGUUUCUCCCACCAAGUCCACCGCUUCUCCCAAGAAGGAGGACUUUUCCCUCAAGCGUACUUUGUCGAACGUCCUGACCCCCAAGCACAAGCGCGAGGAUGUUCCUCCUCCCCUCCCCAAGAAGGACACUCCUCCUCCUGUCACCGAGAAUCCCACGCUGUCCGCUACCAUUGUCGAUGUUCGUGGCCCUUCUGACGCCUACUCUGGUAACGGAUUCGCUGCCACUGCCGAGGGUGUUGAUGCUGAGAACAAGCCUGACAACAAGUCCCGCGAGACCAUCACCGUCGCCUUCGGUGAUGAUGAGUGCAGCCCUAUCAAGGCCGUCAAGUCUGGUGUCGUCAAGAUGACCCACCAGCCCUACUCUCCCUUUGUUGGCCAGAAGGCUGUCUUCGAAGCUGAUCCCAAGCUCGUCAAGGAGAUUGACGAGGAGUUCCAAUCACCCCCUAUGCCUACUGCACUCUUCCGCAGCCCCAAGAUCGACAAGCACUCGCCCAAGUCCGCUGAAAAGGCCAAGACUCCUCGCUAUAUCGCUGGUGGUUUGCUUGAGGGUGGUCUGCUUCCUGCCACCACCUACCAGCCUCCUAAGGUUGAAGAAAAGGCUAAGGCUAAGACUGAGAUUUACUCUCCUUCUCUCUACAGUGUUGCCAAUGGUCACGAUGUCUUCCGCACCAGUUCCUACGAUGCUGCUGCUCAGGAGUCUACUGCCGCUGCCCCUGCACCUCCCAACUCGCCUACUCAGUCAGACGGCACCGACCUCUCUCGUCCCCACGUUGAGCCCAUCAAGUACGUCAAGGCUGUCAAAGACAACGAGUACGUCUACCGUCCCGAGGACCACGUCUUCAACCGCUACCGUGGCGAGACACGUGUAUUUACUCACGACUUUGCCACUGCCGGCGCCGAGCAAAAGCAGGCCGUUCCUGCUGCCCGUCGUGUGAACACCGAGACCCCCGCCAACAAGUACAAUGGCUACGGUGGCCUCGAUUCUUCCGGCCGCUCUGGCCGCUCGGUGCGUGACCUCACUUUGCGUGACCGCUUCAAGGAGACUGGUGGUCUCGGCAUUGAGCUCAGCGAGAAUGUUGCCGAUUACUACUACAACCACGAUAACGGCACCACUCUCGGUGUUGACGGCGACGGCAACUUCGAGAGAGGUCGCGAGACUGCACUCAUGAGAUCUCCUGAUUACUACGUUAAGCAGGGCAAGUUUGACACCACUUCUCAGCCUCUCAUGUCGGAGGACCACUUGAUGAAGCAGCUCCACAAGGAGAUGGGAGACUCCAUGUACAACCUUCACGAGCACCAGUUGCACAGAAUCAGUCUUGUCUCUGGCAAGGUUGACCGCCUCGCCAACAUUGGAUUCCGUAACCAGGAUAUCAUGAACGCCACUCGCCACGCUGUCGAUCACAUUUUCGCUGAUAACCGCAAGAGUCGUGAGGACCUCGAUGCCAUCCUCGCCGAAAACCGCAAGCUCCGUAAGGACAUCAACGCCAUCUCUACUGAGAACCGUAAGCACCGUGAGGCUGUCGAUGUCAUCGCUGCCAACCAGUACCUCCAGCGCGAGACUCUUGAUGGCGUCCUCGCCGAGAACCGCAAGAUGCGCGAGUCUCUCUCUGACAUCUCUGAGCACGUUCUCGACAACGAGAAGCUCGACCACCUUGUUGAUAAGAUUGUCGAACGUAUCCACCCCACGAUCGUCAGAGGUCACGAAAAGGAUGACAUGAAUACUGAGCGUAUCCUCGCCCGUAUCGACAUGACCAGAGGCAACGCUUUUCGUGCAUUUCCUGCCUCUUCUGCUGGUCACUUCACUCCCAGCAGCAACGGAUUCUUCUCACCCAGCUCCAGAGGUUUCCGCAACCCCUACGCCGAGUACACCGAGGAGCCUUCCAAGCGCUAA